AUGACCUCUGUUAAUAUCUAUCUAUCAGCAUCUGUUCAUAUCUAUCUAUCUAUCUAUCUAUCUAUCUAUCUAUCUAUCUCAGUCUCUUCAUUUUCUAUUUAUCUAUCUAUCUAUCUAUCUAUCUAUCUAUCUGCUUAUUCAUAUCUAUCUAAGCGUAUUCAUAUCUAUCGGUUUCAGCUUAUUCAUAUCUAUCUAUCUAUCAUCCGUUCGUUCAUCUUUUCUUAUUUUCCAGAAGACAUUAAAAACUUCUUUCUUUCUUUCUUUCUUUCUUUCUUUCUUUCUUUCUUUCUUUCUUUCUUUUCUUUUCUUUUCUUUUUUCCCCUGAAACAAAGUACCCAGGAUGCGUUUAAUACUUCUUUCUUUCUUUCUUUCUUUCUUUCUUUCUUUCUUUCUUUUUCCCAGUUUCUUUCUUUCUUUCUUUCUUUCUUUCUUUCUUUCUUUCUUUCUUUCUUUUCCUGA